GAGGCAGAAAGCGCGCUGCCGGUGUGUCGCCUCCACGCUUCGUUGCUGGUGCCCGCUGUUCUCUUCAAAGUUUUCAAUGAGUGCAAGUCUUGCUCUUGGAUAAUGGUUACCUCUUGCGUUGCCUACGGAUGCACAAACAGGCUGAAGAAAGGUUGUGGCCUCACAUUUCACCUGUUUCCAAAGAAUGCAGAAGUUCGGAGUCUUUGGGAGCGGGCAGUUCGCCGUGAAGGGUGGCGCGCUAAGGAUGGAGACCGCCUGUGCUCUGUACAUUUCACUCCUGAGUGCUUUGACCACACUGGGCAAACGACGCGACUGCGGGUGGGAAGUGUGCCCACGUCGUUUCCAGCUUUUCCGCCUCAUCUGCAGAAACCUGUCAAACAGAAGCGUCCCGACCCCAAGUCUCGAGAUUUCCCGGCCCCGCUUGGUCCUGAGUGUUCUGGGUUGUGCGACCUGCCUGGAGCUGAAAAUUUUCCUGAAGACUCGCCAACCAAACAGUUCUACAAAGACAAGGUCCUUUCCUCACAAGAAGAGAUAACCCAGUUGAAGAAGAAGGUCAAAACACUGCAACAAACUAAACGAAGGCUGGCCAAGAGAAAUGAAACUGCCCAAGAAAUCAUCAAAGAAAUCAGAGAGCGAAAACUCUUGUCAGAAGAAGGCUCGCAUGUGUUUUCAUCUGUUUUCUCGGAUGACAUUCAGCAACUACUGUGCAGGGUGGGCAAUGAGCAGAAGGGCAAGUACCCACCUGAGCUGCGAGCAUUUGCACUGACUUUGCAUUUUUAGUCCAGCCGCGUACGAGUAUGUACGAUCCAAGUUCAACGAAGCCCUCCCAUCCCAGCGAACACUAAGGGGCUGGUACAAGUCUCCCCGCACUGCUCGUUUCGGCUAUACUGUUCGCAUAUAUUUUUAAUGUUUGUGUGAUUGUGUUCUUCCAUUUUCGAGUUUCUCAAAGCGUUUCCGUAGGCCAUUUCGCCACCAAAAAGCAAAGAAUAAAUGCUUACAACCUGACA